AUGACGUUAGCCUUUCUUGAAGAGCAGCUAGAGGGGUACACAGACUCGGAACUGGCUGAUCACAUUGUAUCCUCACCGCGGUGCGAGUCUACCUCGCGGGUAUUCCAUCUCUCCUCGAAUCUCAUAGCCAAGCAUUAUAAGCCUUUAGAGCUCGAAGAUGCUUUGAAAGCUACCGAAGUCGCCAGCCAACUUGGGAUCCGCGGUCCUUGCGUACGGAGGACAAUCAAGGACCAGCACAAUACUUACAUGAUUAUGGAUCGCAUCGAGGGUACUACAUUAGACGUUACCUGGAAAGACUUGGGCUGGUUCAUGACAGUCAAGCUUGCUCUGCAGCUUCGCCGCUUCGUCAAAACCCUGAGGUCUGUCACCUCACCAACGGCCGGAUCACUCGCGACAGGCGAAUGCAGGUCUUUUUGGCUCGAGGACCGCUACGUGCCUGUGACCAUCGAGCCAUUCGUCUUGACUCAUCAUGAUCUCGCGCCACGCAACCUUUUAGUUUCUCCAUCCGGUCAGCUCUCGCUUCUUGACUGGGAUCUGGCGGGCUUUUAUCCUGUUAACUUCGAGUACGCAUCUAUGUACAAUUUCAACAUUCCUGAGGACUGGGGGUUGAUGGCCCGUUUACGGUGGCAUCUCUUUGUGUGGAUUGGGGUUGGAUAUUACGAGACUGGCGCUCGCCUGCUACAAAUCAUGCGUGGAUCAGUCCGCCUUGAUAUGGCUCCGGGAUAUGGCUCUGAUGGACAGAGAGGAAAAGUCGAAAUCUCGUCCAAGCCAUACGUCUCGAUGCACAAUGCUAUAAAAACCCUGACCUUCCAUCUCAAAGCUCCGGCUACGGUCGAAACAAUUAUCGACACUAUCAACUCGAAGGGUCGUGAUAAGUAUAAGUUCACAGCGGAGUGGGAAGAGUGCAGAUUUUGGAUCGGUAAGGCGACUUGGGACGCUGUUUCUUUCUACUGGCGCAGCCCUAACGGGUACGAGCCAAGGGAGGUCAAACAGGGGACGUUCUACUAG